UUUGAGCGUCACGCGCAGGGCUCUCUGCUUCGGGACUCGGGGUGGGAACAUGUCGCGUCUGAAAGGGGUCGCGGGGCGGGAUCCCCGAGCGGGUUUCAAAGCUGAAAGGGGAGACUGCGGUGCCUCCGUGCCCCAGGGGCUGCUAAAGGCUGCGAGGAAGAGCGGCCAGUUAAACCUGUCGGGGCGGAACCUCAGCGAAGUGCCUCAGUGUGUCUGGAGAAUAAAUGUGGAUAUUCCUGAGGAAGCUAAUCAGAAUCUUUCAUUCAGUGCUACUGAGCGAUGGUGGGAACAGACGGAUUUGACCAAAUUAAUAAUAUCCAACAAUAAACUUCAGUCACUUACAGAUGACCUCCGACUCCUACCUGCACUCACUGUUCUUGAUAUACAUGACAAUCAGCUGACAUCCCUUCCUUCUGCUAUAAGAGAAUUAGAAAAUCUUCAGAAACUUAAUGUCAGCCAUAACAAACUGAAGAUACUCCCUGAAGAAAUUACAAAUCUAAGAAACCUGAAGGGCCUGUAUCUCCAGCAUAAUGAACUAACUUCUAUACCAGAGGGAUUUGAACAACUGUUCAAUUUAGAAGAUUUGGAUCUUUCAAAUAAUUGUCUUACAACUGUUCCUGCUAGUUUUUCUUCUCUAUCCAGUCUGGUGCGACUCAAUCUUUCCAGUAAUCAACUGAAGAAUUUGCCAGCAGAAAUAAGUGGAAUGAAAAGAUUAAAGCAUUUGGAUUGUAAUUCAAAUCUGUUGGAAUCUAUACCUUCUGAAUUAGCCGGCAUGGAAUCACUAGAAUUGCUUUAUUUGCGGAGGAAUAAAUUACGUUUUUUACCAGAAUUUCCUUCUUGUAAAUUAUUAAAGGAAUUACAUUUAGGUGAAAACCAAAUUGAAAUGUUAGGGGCAGAACAUCUUAAGCAUCUGAAUUCUAUCCUUGUGCUAGACCUCCGGGAUAACAAGUUAAAAUCUGUUCCAGAUGAAAUUACACUACUACAAUCAUUGGAAAGGCUUGACCUAAGCAACAAUGAUAUUAGCAGUCUGCCCUAUUCUUUGGGAAAACUUCAUUUGAAAUUCCUGGCACUAGAAGGAAAUCCUAUGAGAACCAUUCGAAGAGAAAUUAUAAAUAAAGGAACCCAAGAAGUCUUAAAAUAUCUGCGAAGCAAGAUUAAAGAUGAUGGACCUAGCCAAAGUGACUCUGUUAUUGAGACUGCCAUGACACUACCAAGUGAAUCCAGAGUCAAUGUACAUGCCAUCAUCACAUUAAAAAUACUAGACUAUAGUGAUAAACAGACAACCUUGAUUCCUGAUGAAGUGUUUGAUGCAGUAAAAAACAAUAUUAUCACUUCUAUUAACUUCAGUAAGAAUCAGCUAUGUGAAAUUCCAAAAAGGAUUAUAGAACUGAAGGAAAUGGUUUCUGAUGUCAAUCUCAGUUUUAAUAAGCUUUCCCUUAUAUCUUUGGAAUUAUGUAUGCUUCAGAAAUUGAGUUUUUUAGAUCUCAGAAACAAUUUUUUAAAUUCCUUGCCUGAAGAAAUGGAAUCGUUGAUAAGACUACAGACAAUCAAUCUUUCCUUUAAUAGGUUCAAAAUACUACCUGAAGUUCUGUAUCGCAUCUCCACACUUGAAACAAUUUUAAUUAGUAACAAUCAGGUUGGAUCUGUGAACCCUGAAAAAUUGAAGAUAAUGGAGAAUCUGGUCACAUUGGACCUUCAAAAUAAUGACCUCCUACAAAUUCCACCAGAGCUCGGUAAUUGUGUAAACUUAAGAACAUUACUACUAGAUGGAAAUCCAUUCCGUGUUCCGCGAGCAGCCAUAUUAAUGAAAGGAACAGCCGCUAUUCUGGAAUAUUUGAGAGACCGAAUUCCUACAUAAAUUGGAGUUGUUUUAUAAUCUUGGUCAUGCUGAUUCUUAGAAUUCUUACAUUGAUAAUGAAUGUUUUUCUAAGGUGUUGUGUACAUUUGUAAUGGUGAUAACAGUGUUCUGAGUGUUUUGCACAAGAUUUAUACUACUCAUUUUCAUUCCAUUAUAACAGAAAACAGUUUCUUCAAAAGUGAAUUUUUAUUUAAUGAAGUUUAAUAUUUUUAUAAUGACAAAGCAUUUUUGUAGAAGUUGGUUUUUUCCCUAUUUCUGUUUUUGUUACAUAUAAUGUGACCAAUUGACUUGAAUAUGACCAUUCAAUUUCUUUCGUUUAAUAUUAAAUUGACUUGAAUUUUAUUCAAUGUUGUUCUUUGACAUUUAAAAAUAAGACUUCAUUACUGAUAGGACUUUUGUGAUGUGGUUGGUCUCAAUAUAAGUUUUCCAUUAACAUGCACUGUAUUGUUUUAGUUUUAAUCUAGUUGAAAUGUCUUUAGCCUUUUCCCCAUGUUUUAGGAAAUCAUUUUGUCAUGAUUUCUAAUGUCACAGAAAUGCUACACAAGAUAUAGUUAUAGUUGGAGAAAAUAGUAAGUGUUAUAAUUACUCUCACCAUCUUGAAUUUAAAAAUUGACAAGGUUUUAUAAAAUGAUUUCUUAGUAUUAAGCUUCCAUACAAUAAUCUGGUACUUCUGGAUGCAAGAAAUUCAAAGAGAUUGGAUCUGCAUAUUUUUCCUUCAGAGUGUUAGCAGUUUAAAAGUACUUUUUUCCCUAAAUAUUGAAGACCUUAUUUUAUUCUAUAGAUAUUAGAAACAGGACAUAACCAAUAAUGUAUACUGCAUAGAAAUCUUGAAAUGUGCUUUGUUUAAAUACUUACUAAUCAAGUAUUUGUAUACAUCUAUAUUCUGUCGGUGUGUUUUAAUCCAGCCUUGUAUAUAUUGUUUUUCCAGGGCCUUAAUUUUAAAAUUUGCUUGUAAUCUUCAUAAAAUUAAACUUGUAAUCAGGCAGUAAUUUUCUAAAAGGGAAGUUAUUAUAGGUGAACUUCAUUUAAUAAAUAUCAAAUAUAAACAUUUUUAUUUACAUCAGAAAUAUCAGAAGUAGGCUAGGCUGAUCAGUCAUUAUAAAACUUACCAUUUGAUUCUAUUAAGUAGCCAAUCAAUAGAAUGUAUAUUAACUUACAUAGAUAGAUGGGUGGAUAGAUAGGUAGGUAGUAAGUAGGUAGGUAGAUAGCUUUUGUGUGAUCGAGGCAUGCUUAUAUGAAAAAGUCAAUUGCUACUAAAGAUAAAUAGUACAUGUUCAUAAUAAAAGUUACAUUUUCAAAUGUUAA